UUAAAAUUAGUCUUGUCAACAUUUUGGAAAUUGUUUUUGUGUUCAUUGAGAUAUUGUUUAAAAUGUUACUUUUUAAAGGGGGCGUACUCAUUUACGCUGAGCACUGUAUAUUACUUCUGUUAUUUGUCUUAGUGAAAAGUGACCACACUGUCCCUUAAUCUGAAAUUGGGAUGGUAGAAGAGCCUCUAAUGUAAGGCGUUAACAUACAGUACUUGGCAAAUGUUUCCUGAAAAGUUUACAUUAGUUUGUUACAGUACCUUACGGCCACUGGUUUAUAUAAGGAGAUUGCAGACUGUAAUCUGCAUGUACUAUUGAGGCCUAGGGUCAUUUCUGCUUGCUUUGAUUUCAGAGUACUGCUUUAAACGCUUAUAAUCCUAGGAUUUUUCUGCCAUUAAGUGAUGGCUUUCUGAAGGGGAGUUCUGAUGUUAGUGGAUGUGUGCACACAUACAAACACAAAUGCUGAGCGAUAGAGCCUUUAAUCCAUUCAUAUUUUCACUUGGAGUGAAGCGGUACAGACAUAGUCAUGUUGGGCGAACUUGUUGAUGCACUUUUAUCAGUUGUCAGUGCAGACGGAACAUUUUAUUUGAUGCCAAGAUGUUCAGCAAUUGUUUUUGAAAUGUCUUCGUGGAAACUUAGAGGUUAAUUUGCAAAAUAUUUCAUGUUAUCUUAAAAAUCCACAGCUGAGAGAAACCAGUGAUGUGUUUCAUCGCAAUUGCUGGUAAGUCCCUGAUUUCUGCUGUUAUUGUCCUUGGUGUCGUCGGUUUGGUGUAUUUCUUCAGCUAUUCAAUUCAACUGGUCGUAAUGUUUCCUCUGAGGAAUUACAAAUUACAAUGUGCUGCUGAAAUACAGUAUCUCUACUUAUAUGAAUUUAAGGGAACAAACAAGACCUAGUGUAUUUGUGUAAUCUCUAAUCUGUCCUUUCUUAAUCACCAUAAUUUCAAUGUGCAGAGCAGAUGCAGGACAGAGGGAGGCCACACAUUAAAUUAUUCCUCCAGUCUCUGAUUGUGCUCUCUGUAAUCUUCCCAUAACUGCUGGGAGAACGAGACUCAUUUGCAAAGUGAUUGCUUAUGCUGCAUGACUAGCGUUUUGUUUCUGUAUAAUUAUCAUAAUAGAGUCCUGGAAGUUCUCUCUGAAAGUUCAUUAAAGGCUUUUCAGCAUUUCUCUGCAUGUUAGACCAUGUAGUUCAAGUACAAACCCAUAGUGUGGUAUCAAUACAGAAAAAUAUGAAAACAUAGGAAAUUAUAUACUCCUCCAUUAUAUAAAAUAGAUUUCACAUAGUCAAGAAAUGCCAUAUAACAGCUUCAUUCUGUAACCUAACUGUUUAUUCAAUAAUAUGAAAUGGUUUGACUUUUUUUUUUUGCAGUUUAUAAACCCAUUUAGGUAUAUCCAAGGUCAAAGUUUAGAAUAAGUUAAAAUAGUUUAAUCCGUUAUUAGUUUUACAUUAAUGUGUGAAUUUUUUUUAAAUGACCCAUAUAUGCAAUGUGUGACUGAUAUUUAGUUCAAAUAUUUCAAAACAUGACCUUCAUGAACAUACUGAAUAGACAACAAUUUGUGGUUAAAUGGCACCCUCUAACACAUCUCCUUUCCCUUCUCUCCAGUGUACUUCCUCCUCCUCCCCUCUCACACCAUGGCCCUGUGGGCCUGCACUCGCUCCUGCCCUCCCAGUUGCACGUGUACUCAGGAGAAGAGCUGCAGUGUCCUGUGUGACCACGUCAACAUGAUGGACCUGCCCAAAGAGUUCCCAUGCGAGGCGUCCUCCAUCAACCUGGACAAAAACAGCCUAAAGUUUCUAUCCGAGCGAGCCUUUGGCACCCUGCCUUCGCUCAAGACACUCUCUCUCGACCACAACAACAUCUCCUUCAUCACGCCAGGAGCAUUUAAAGGGCUGCCCAACCUGGUAGAGCUCAGUUUGGCCCACAACGAGUAUAUCCGAUACCUGCACACUCGCACCUUCACGGCACUCAAACGCUUGGUGCGCUUGGACCUUUCCGACUGUAACCUGUUCAACAUGCCAGACCGGAUCUUCUUGGAGCAAAUCGCCCUGAAGGAACUGCUGUGUUUCCAAAACAACUUUCGACGCGUUCCCGGUGCCAUACGGGGGAUGGAAAACCUCACACACGUUUACUUGGAGCGCAACAAGAUCGAAGCGGUGGCCUACACCUCUUUGUUGGGCUUAACCAGUCUCAAGUACCUCAACUUACAGGAGAAUCGCAUAAACGUGAUACAUGACGAGGCCUUCAAAGACUUAGUGCGUCUGGAGAACUUCUACCUGAACGAUAAUCUGUUGGUUGACUUGCCCCAGCAGGCUUUCAAGGGCUUAAGCAACUUGAAAAUGUUGAAUCUGGGUGGGAACCUGAUCACCAAUGUCUCCAAAACAUGGUUCAGUGACCUGGUGGAGCUGGAGGUGCUGUACCUGGAUCGAAACCGCCUGUGCUAUAUUGAGGAGGGCGCCUUUGAGAACCUGACGAGCCUCAUCACGCUGCACCUCAACAGCAACAAUCUGACUUCUCUGCCCUUCUCCGUCUUCCAGCCCAUCUAUUUCAUCGGCCGCCUGUAUCUCUUUCGAAACCCUUGGGAGUGUACCUGCGACCUGGAGUGGUUGAAGGAGUGGAUGGAGAGCUAUAAGUUGGUGAGGGACAUUCCAUGCGCAUCCCCGUCCUCAGUGGCCGGCUUGGACCUGAGCGAAGUUGUCUACGCCCAUCUGAACGGCACCUGUCUGGAUCCUCCAGAGCUCAACCUGACCACAUCUCUUCCAGACUACCCUACCAUGGAGAACAAGUUCAACAGCCUAAUCUCCAAACUUCUACUGCAGGAACAGAUGGACGAGAUGGUCAACGCCACGGAUGGUCUGAGGAACGGCACACAACAGGACCCCGCCGAGAGUCAGGUUUCUUCUGGACAUGGACUUUUCGGUGCUGCUCAGACUGUGUUUCUUCUUGUGUUUCUUUUUCAAGUCCAGAUUGACUGCAUUAAUGCCUCUUGAGAGUCUGGUGAAUACCAAAAGGGGUUGAAGCGCAUUCAAGAGUGGAAAUAAUUUCCCAGUAGUUGGAUGGGAAAUGUUUGGAUUUAAGGCUGUGAUAAAAUGUUUGAUCCAUCUUGCCAUGAGCAGUGCGUUUUCUCAUGUUGAAAAUGAAAUUCUGGCAGAUAUAAUGGAGUUGGAGAUGAUCGUCUCUUUAAAUGAAUGGAAACUGGUCUUGAAGGGAAAGGAGUAUGUUUUAAGCCAAUGAGACUGUAAAAGACUUUUUGUCAUUAUGAAAGGCUUUAUAACUGAGGGCCAUUUUGUGAGACCUGCAACUAGUAGCACAAAUGUUUUUACAUCAUUUUUUAUUUAGAUUUGAUUUAAAAAAAUCUUAAUAACGCAUCUAUAGUAUUAACACGUCUGUGCAUGUUCUGUUGCGUAACAUGAAACAUUUGUUGUGUAGGAGAUUUAUCUGAUAAAGCUUCUAUCAUUUCAGCAGAUGGCAUAACACACUGUCCUCUAUUGUUUGGUUCAUUGAACUGGGUAAGUUUCCAGUCUCGGAAAAUGCAUUAGUCUUCUUAUUCCAUAAAUCUUAAGUGCACUCUGUAACAUAAACUGCUUCAUAUUGUAACCAAAUGAACUGGCUUUAUCACCAUAUACUUUAUGACCAUUUAUUUUCUCUAUAGAGAGAGCAAUGUGCAUAGAAGGAUGAUAUUAUGCUCUGAGCCAUGAGCUUCUAAGCUAAGCAUUAGAUUUGCGUGAGAACCUUUUUAAUUGUUUUAAUACAGAUUUUUGUUCAUUUAUGAAUAAUACUUUGAAUAAACAAAGGUCAUUGCAUAAACAGUCACUAAAAUGACUCCC